GGGGCUCUGUUUGCUCUCAAUCUGCUGCUGCCCUGUGCCCUCCAUCCCUCUUGCUUAGACGGGCUGACACUGAUCGGGAGUUAUCCGACGAGGACUGAGGAGGAUGGCGAAGCAGAUCCGCUACCGAUGAAGGAAGUCUGAUGUAGAAACUGAGCCAGAGGAGAGCCCUGGCAGCAGCAGCAGCAGCAGUAGCAGCAACAGCAGAGGGGCUGUAGAUGCCCUCUCCACAGGUGCGGCUCCAGCCCAGGCUUCUGCUGGAGAGCCGGAUCAAAGAGGGGACAGCUCCUGCUCUGACUCUGAUAGCCCUAUAGAUUCUAGUUCCAGUGAGGAGGAGGAGGACAAAGUAGAAGAAGCAGACCCAGCCAUGUUCUCCUCCAAAUUUCUCAGUGGGGCGAAUCCCCUCAAUGCUAUGUCUUCUGCUGUGAAUAAGUUUGGCUUGUUCGGAGAUGAUGGGGAAGGGGAUAAAAAGUCACCUCCUCAACAGGGGAGGAAAGCAUCAGGAGAACCACAACCCAGACCUGGCCCUGGAAAAAACACGCAAAAAGAACAGGCACCCCAAAAAUCCAACCAGGGUCCCCUUAUGCAAAAAUCCCAGCCUCUCCCUAAACAGGGAUCACCACAGCUACGUGGUAAUGGACAGACUGCUCCACCAACAAACAAACCUGCAGGACAACAAACUAAAGAUCCACCCCAGCAGAGUUCACCAAAGCAAGGAAUUCAACAUCAGGUUCCAGCAAAGGAUGGAGCACAACCGGUAUCUUCAAAACAGGUUCCACCCAAUUUGAAAGAACAACAGGACCCUGCUAAGAGUAGUGUACAAAAUCCAAAACUUUUAAAGACUGGGGUGCAGGGUCCAACAAACACUGGAUCAGAGAUAGUAAACCAACAACAACAGUCAUCACCAGAAACUAGACAACAGCUGCACUCACCUAAGGUAGGACAACAGCAGAAAGGGGCCAAAAAUCAGAUAUCCGAUAGACAAGACAUUAAGUACCCAGGCACACCUGAAAGGACACCUGUUGGAUCUCCUUCAUUGGGAGCAACCAAAGCCAGACCUCAGUCAAAAGCAGUUUCUAAACCUCUUUGCCCAGUGUGUAACACAACAGAACUUAAUAUCCAUACCAAGGAAUCACCUAACUACAAAACCUGCACACAGUGCAAAACUGAGGUGUGCAGCUUAUGUGGCUUCAGUCCUCCAGACACUGAUGGGCAUGAGUGGCUUUGCCUAAAUUGCCAAAUACAAAGAGCUCAAGGUACUUCAGAGCCACCAGGACCUCCUAAGAAAAGGCCGUCUGCUCCUCAAAACCAGAAACCACCACCUGGUGAACCUACCAAAAAGGACAUUUCAGCACCAGGUUCAUCACCGAAAGUACAGUCUAAACCACUAAAAGUGCCAGCUAGUGAUGAACCUCCUAAAGGACCGGAAAAUCCAAAACAAGGUGCCAGUUUAGGUCAAGCUCAGAGAAUGACACCAGAUACUCAGCAAGCAUCAGGAUCUCCAAAAAUGCAUUCGAGUGGUCAACCUGGCCAAAGGCAAAGUAGGGUCACUCCAGCUCCACAGCAGGCGUCUGGAGGUUUAUUUGGCUUUAGCAGUGGGGCUAAAAGUGAAUCUGCAAAACCAGAGGAGUCAGUAACUGGGAAGAUGUUUGGUUUUGGUUCUUCUCUUUUUAGUUCUGCAUCUACCUUAAUUGGCUCAGCUGUUCCGGAUGAACCCAAAAUCACACCACCAGUUUCUCCCAAAAUGCAGCUCACAAAGGACAGUAAGGCAGCUUCUGGCCAAAAGUUGGAAGUAGAAAAAAAGCAGCAACAACCUCAGGAUAAAACGACUCAGUCAGCAGUGCAGAAAGCAGGAAAAUCCCCUGCAGAGGCUCCAAAGGCAGCAACAGCCUCCCUCAAUCCUAUCGACAAGGGCCAGUCCAUUUGUCCAAUUUGUAAGAUAGUGCUUAAUGUUGGCUCAAAGGAUCCUCCCAACUACAACAGCUGCACAGAAUGCAAAAGCACUGUCUGCAAUCAGUGUGGAUUCAACCCCAUGCCAAAUGUAAAAGAGGAAAAGGAGUGGCUUUGUCUGAAUUGCCAAGUGAAACGAGCUGCUGCAGGAACUGAACCACAUAAAGAACCACUCUUGGCUGAUUCAUUUAAAAAGGCAACUGCAACAUCACCUGGACCUGGAAGGACUUCUGCUCCUGGUUCUCCUCAGAAAAAGGAAUCAACAGUAGCCGGAAAACAAGUCAAGACUGAAGGACCAGUAAGCCAAAGGCAAGCUGGCCAAGCUCCUGGACAGAAGACACCUCUGCAGAGCCAAAGGAUAGAUUCGCAGAAGCAAACCAACCAGACCAUCAAGCCUCCACAAAAAACUGCAAAUGCUACAAUGCAAGAGUCUGGAGGCCUCUUUGGUUUUGGUGCUCCUAAAAGUCAAAGUGAUGCAGCAAAACCUGCGGAAUCAGUGACUGGGAAAAUGUUUGGUUUUGGUACCUCCAUCUUUAGCUCUGCUUCAACUUUAAUUACUUCAGCUGUCCAUGAUGAUCCCAAAACUACAGCACCUGUUUCUCCGAAGUUGUCCCCUGCAAAGGAUCCCAAAUCUAUCACAGUCAAAAAGCAAGACCAGGAGAAAAAGCCACAGCAGAUACAGCAAAUCCCGGGUCCAACGCCAGUGCAGCCAGAAGCAGAUAAACCUCCCUCAGAACUGCCAAAGAAAGAAUCAGCCUCACCACUUAUUUCCAGCAUAUCUGAUUCCACCUGUCCGCUCUGUAAAGUAAAACUGAAUGUGGGCACCAAGGACCCUCCAAACUAUAGCACCUGCACAGAGUGCAAAAUUGUUGUCUGCAACCAAUGUGGAUUUAAUCCCACACCAAAUGUAAAGGAGGUCAAAGAGUGGUUAUGUCUCAACUGCCAGGUGCAAAGAGCACUUGGGGCAUCUGAGCCUCCAGGAACACCUGUGAUGAAAUUACGAGCCUCUCCAAACAAAACACCUGAUGCUAUAAGGAAAGAAACACCCUUACAAGAGAAAGAAAUUUCAGUACCUGCUAAUUCUAAGGAGACCAUCCUAUUGGGCUCCCCACAGCACAAAUCACAAAAAUCAGUUGAGCAAUCAGCAAAGGCCGAAGUCAAGAAAGGACCCGAAUUAAGAAAACAGGUUAUACCAGAAGCCAGUCAAAAAAUUCUGGAACAAGACCAAAAGACAAGUUACAAUAAGCCAUCAGACCAGACAAGUCAAACUGAACAAAAAAAGAGUGGUAUUACAUCAAUGAAAAAGGAAGACGGAAGGUCCUUAAAAUCUGGUGGUUCCAAGCCUCAACCAGAAGCUGCAAAACCUACUGAGUUUCUUGGAGGAAAAAUGUUUGGCUUUGGUUCUUCAAUGUUGAGUUCUGCUUCCAAUUUUAUAACCUCUGCAGUACAAGAUGAAUCAAAAACACCACCAGUUUCUCCCAAACUUCCAGCAGCAAAGGGAACCAAAUCAAUUCCAAUUCAGAAAUAUGACUCAGAAAAGAAACCAGAGCAAGUUCAGCAAACUAGUCACUCUCCAUUGCUCCAAGCCAAAAUAAAUAAAGAUAUAAUAUCUUCAGAUAGUCAAAAGACUGAACACGCUACCUGUCCUCUAUGUAAGACUGAACUCAAUAUUGUUUCCAAAGAUCCUCCCAACUACAAAAAAUGCACAGAUUGCAAGACCACUGUGUGCAACCAGUGUGGAUUUAACCCAAUGCCAAAUGUGUCAGAGGUCAAAGAAUGGCUAUGUCUGAACUGCCAGAUGCAAAGAGCUCUCAGUGCCUCUGAUGUCACUGGACCUUCCAUAAAACCAGAGACUGAAGCAAACAAAGGUACAAAGUUAACUGUACAUCAGAAAAUUCCACCUCCUAAACAACAGGAAAGUCUAAAGAAGGAAUUGUCUGACAAAAAGAUAGAAGCCCCACUACCUGAUUCAUCUAAAAACGAGAGGACCUCCACACCUGCUUCUCCUCAGAGAACACAGCGUGCAGUUGUACCACCUGCUGCUAAAGAACCAGAAGCGAAAAUACAGCCUAGCCCAAGCACUGGUCGAUCUCCUCCAACUGUCGAAAGAGUAACAAGUACCCAGAGACAGACUGGCCAGGAAAGUGAGUGUGACCCAAAAUACAUGAAGGUGAAACCAGAUGUUCAAGAGGAAUCAGAAAAAACAACUGGCUCAAAAGAUACUAAAAAAGUAUCUGAGGCUUCAAAGACAACUGAAACCUUGGGUGGAAAGAUGUUUGGAUUUGGUUCAUCUAUUUUCAGCUCAGCAUCAAAUCUAAUAUCGGCUGCUGAAUCACAAACUACACCACCUCGCUCUCGUAAGAUGUCUGCACCACCCCAACUUUCUGGCAAGAUGUCUGUUUCACCAAAGAUUUCACCAAAAAGUACACCUACAGUUUCUCCCAAACUGUCACCAGCUAGAGAGCCAAAGGUUCUUUCUGCAAAACCAGGGGAAUCCCAGCUGAAGACAGAAGACAAAGCUCUUUCACAGUCAUAUGCAGGAACAGUCUCUCUAAGAUGUCCAGAUGGUGGUCCAACUAUCUGUCCGUUGUGUAAGGGUGAGAUGAACAUUGGGUCCAAGCAGACUCCAAAUUACAAUUCCUGCACUGAAUGCAAGACCACAGUUUGUAACCAAUGUGGAUUUAACCCCAUGCCCAUGGGUGAGGUAAAAGAGUGGCUGUGUCUUACAUGUCAGGUGAAGAGAGCAUUAGGACCAUCUGAACCUCCAGGCCCUCCUGCUUUAAAGACCCAAACUUCACCCAGUAAAUUUCCUCCACCCACGUCUUCUCCAAAAAAGGAUGGUCUCGAUGUUGUGGAGCAAUCUAGAGAACCUUCAGGGAAAGUUUCACCACAGAGAAAACAGUCAGUGGCAUUAAGCAAACCUCCACAUAGUGAUGCUCCUCUAAAACAAGUUAGCCCAGAACUAGAUCAGAAAACACCUGAAGAAACACUAAAAGCCGAAGAAAAGAAACCAUCAGAUCUGACAAAUCAACGCAGACGGAGUAGCACUGCUCCAGCAAAACAGCAAGAGUCUGGAGGCUUCUUUGGGUUUGUUGAAUCUAAACAACCAGAAGGAACAACGACUGCAGAGUCAGUGGGUGGGAAGAUGUUGGGCUUCAGUUCAUCCAUCUUUAGUUCUGCUUCUACCUUAAUCACCUCGGCAGUGAAGGACCAGCUUAAUACAACACCACCAGUUUCUCCCAAGAUGUCUCCUUCAAAAGAGACAAAAUCACCUACAGCUCCAAAAGUAGAACAGGAGAAAAAGUCAGAACAAAAACAGCUGUCAGAGGAUCAGCCAACUGCAGAACCAAAAUCAAAAGAGAUCAAGCCUUCUGCUUCCCAAAAGCUUGAGCAGCAGAAGAAAUCAGAGACAUCCUUGCAGACAAAGACCUUUCCAUCAGUACAGGCUAAAGUGGAGAAAACCCCAUCAGAGGUUUUGAAAUCUGAAGCAGGCACCCAUGCAAGUGUCAAAUUAGAACAGUCCACCUGUCCGCUGUGUAAGAUCAAACUCAACAUAGGCUCCAAGGAUCCUCCCAAUUAUAAUACAUGCACACAGUGCAAAAACACAGUGUGCAACCAGUGUGGAUUUCACCCAAUGCCAAGCAAAACUGUGGCUGAGUGGUUGUGUCUCACCUGUCAGAUGGAACGAGCUCUGGAAGUGACAGAGCCUCCAGGAGUUACUUCUCUCAAGCCUCAGGCAAAAUCCCAAGCAGGCAUCACCAGCCCAGCUGAACCUGAAAAGAAAGUCUCCUCUGCACUACAGUCACCUCAGAGGAAAUUAUCUUCACCCACACAGACCCCUGAGACAGCUGGCAAGCAAGUGGUUAAUAAACAGGCUAGCCCAGUUCCUUCUAAGAAAACCCUACAAGAACAGCAGAAAACAUCCGGCCCAAGCAAAUCACCAGGCCAGACAAGGCAAGCUGAACAGAAGCAGAGCAAUGUGACGGGGGUGCCGCAGAAAGAUUCAGGUAGCUUCUUUGGAUUAGGCAAAGGUAAAACUGAGCCUAAUGUAGACAAACCAGUGGAGUCUGUCCCUGGAAAAAUGCUUGGCUUUGGUUCAUCCAUUUUCAGCUCUGCUUCUACAUUAAUAACCUCAGCUGUUCAAGAUCAACCUAAGACCACUCCACCAGUAUCUCCCAAGUUAUCCCCUGCAAAAGAAGUCAAAUCCCAUGCUGCCCAAAAGAAGGAGCAGCCAGAAACUCAGCAGCCUAUGGCACCUGCUCUGGUGCAAGUCAAAGAUGACAAGGGUCAGCCAGAAGCUUCUAAGAUUAUAGAAGCUUCCAAAGGUGCUAUCAAACCAAACACCAGCUGUGUGCUCUGUAAGGCUGACCUUAACAUGGGGUCCAAGGAUCCACCUAACUACAAUACCUGCACCGAAUGCAAGAACACAGUUUGUAAUCAGUGUGGAUUUGACCCCAUGCCACACCAGUUAGAGAUGAAAGAAUGGCUGUGUUUGACUUGCCAGAUGCAAAGAGCUCUGGCAGCAGCUGACUCAGUACAGCCUCCUCUGAAGAAAGUUCAGGGAUCUCCGAGCCAAGUUUCCUCACCUGGUACUGUCAAAAAAGAGGUGACCAAUGAAAGGAAACACAGUAUUUCUAAAGAAGAAGCUGAAGUUAUUAACAAAGCACCAUGUGGACCUAAAAAGAAAGGCAUUUUGCAAAAUUCUGCCUCGUUGGCAUCAAAAGAUGAAACCGCUUCAGCCUCAAAUCUAGCAAAAGAUCAGAAAACCAAUUUACUUUCUACUGAGGGUACUCUAAAGUCUUUGGUUCCUCAAAGUGAAGAGGUAGUGCCUGUUGUUUCUGAUGUCAAACAACCAAUGCCUACACAAGGUCCUCCUAUUGCCACAGACGGAAAGACAACUCCACUACAUCAAGACACAUUUGAAAAUGAGGAGAAAUGUGAAACUAUAAAGACAUCAGCUGGGCAACAUUUCAAAUCCAUAGAGGAUGUAAAACAAUACCAAGCCAAAGAACCUCAAAUAAAAGGUUCAGCAGUAGUGGUCAAAGAAGAUGAUGAGCAGAAAACGCAUGUCAAAAAGAUACCAGACAAACCUCAGGAGCCUAAAGUUACUCCAAUAGGGCAGAAAGAAGAUGGUAAAGGCCAGAUAGAAUUGACUAAACAGGCUCAAGUUGUUUGUCCACUCUGCAAAGUGGAGCUUAACAUUGACUCCAAGAACCCUCCCAGCUUCAACACCUGCACUGACUGCAAAACCACUGUUUGCAACAAAUGUGGUUUUAGUCCAAUGCCAAAUAUCUCUAAGGCAAAGGAAUGGUUGUGUCUCAACUGUCAGAUGCAGAGAGCUCUUGGAGCUUCUGAACCCCCAGGCCUCCCAAUGAUGAAAGUGCAACCUUCACCAAGCAAAGAUGUUUCUGCCCAUAAACAGAAGAAAGAACCCCCAAUUGCUAAAAUUUCCAAGGAGGAAAUUUCUGAGCCAGUCACUGACCCUGCUAACAUUAUUAUGGCCAGAGAACCAGAACUCCUUCCUGUUAGUGAACCAAUAAAGGAGGCCUCUUGUGCAUCUGCUUCUGUCCCUGAUGAAAGUGGUCCACCAACUGUCACAAAUGUAGAUGUUUUGCCAGCCUCACAAAAGCCAUGUUCUGAUGUGCCCAAAGUACAACCAGACACACCACAGCAACAAAUUCAGAAAGUUCCUUCUUCUACUAAGCCUGCUAUUCCAACAGAUGAGGCAAAACGAGGUCCACCUAUAGACAAGCCUACCUCUACACCACAGCAGAAGGGAGCAAAACAACCCACAAUACAUCCUAAGAAACCCGAGAGCUCUCCUUCUAAGUCUGCAUCACCAUCAGUACAGGCUACAAAACCAGAGUCAGGUAGCUUCUUUGGCUUUGGAGGCCCGAAAACACAGCCUACAACAGAAAAACCUGCAGACUCAGUUACUGGAAAGAUGUUUGGCUUUGGCUCAUCUUUCUUAAGUUCUGCAUCCAAUUUGAUUACGUCAGCUGUUCAAGAUGAACCUAAAACUACUCCUCCAACUCCUCGUAAGAUGUCCGCCACAGAUAGAGUCUCUCCAAAGCCUACACCACCAGCUUCUCCUAAAACAUUACCAGCACAGGAUGCUAAGGUAGCUUCUGUGCAGAAGACUGAGGUCAAGAAUUCUGAGAAACCACAGCAGACUAACAUUCUUCCAUCAGAACCAGCCAAAGUGACAAAAUCACCAUCAGACAACUCUAAAGUACCACUAAAUGGACAAGAUGCUUCCAAGACUGAUCUGUCAGUGUGCCCACUUUGUAAGAUCAAGCUAAAUUUUGACUCCAAAGAUUUUAAAAACUACAACACUUGCACAGAGUGCAUGACUACAGUGUGCAACCAGUGUGGAUUUGAUGCAAUCUCAAAUAUAUCAGAGACAAAGGAAUGGCUUUGUCUAAAUUGCCAGGUGCAGAGGGCCUUGAAAGUGUCAGAGUCAACUGUAGCUCCCGUGGCAAAACAGACACCAAGCGAAAUUUCACGGUCUUCUCCUGUUAUGCAGAAGGAAACAGUUACACCAAUCAAGCAUAUCCAAAAAGAUGCCAUGGAAGCUGCAACCCCAUUGCCAACUGCUCCACCUCAGGAAGAUUCUGUCAAAAAGGUGCCAGUGAUUUCAGGAACUGACCAGCAAAAACCAAAUGAAAAGCUACAACAAAUGAAGAUUACUCAAAAUACCAAACCAGAAGUAAUGCCAGAUGUUGGAAAACAGGAUAUUGGAAAAAUACAGCAACGGCCUGCAAAGCUACCCACACAGCCAACCAAAAUGGCUCCACCAGUUCAGCCUACUAAACAAGAAUCUGGGGGCUUCUUUGGAUUUGGUGCACCUAAGGCACCAGUGGCAGCAGCAAAAUCUACUGAAUCAGUAACUGGGAAGAUGUUUGGUUUUGGCUCAUCUUUUCUUAGUUCUGCAUCUACACUAAUCCAAUCAGCUGUUCAGGAUGAACCUAAAACCACACCACCUACUCCAAGGAAGAUGUCCACUACUGCUCCUACCUCACCUAAAGUCACACCUCCAGUUUCUCCUAAGAUACCCCCUGCCAAAGAUACAAAAAUAUCUGCUUCACAGAAACCAGAGCCAAUUCAGCAAGAUAUGCCUACCCUACCACCUCAACACGACAAGUCUACUCCACCAACUUUGCAAGACAAGUCGAUUCCACCAUCUCAACAGGACAAGCGUACUCCACCAUCUCAACAAGCCAAGCCUACCUCACCGCUUUCACAGACAAAACAUACUCCAUCACCUUUGCCAGGUAAACCUGCUCCACCAUCAAAACAGGACAAGCCUGCUCCACCACCACAACAACAAGACAAGCCUACUUCAUCUUCUCAGCAAGAUAAGCCUACUCCACCACCUUUGAAUGAUAAGCCCAUGCCACCACUUUCACAGACCAAGCCUACUCCACCACCUUUGAAAGACAAGCCUGCUCCACCACUUUCACAGACCAGGCCUAUUUCACCACCUUUGCAAGAAAAGCCUGCUCCACAACCACAAAAGGAAAAGCCUACUCCACCACCUUUGCAAGAUAAACCUACUCCACCAUCCAAAGAGGACAAGCCUGCUCCACCACCACAACAAGACAAGCCUACUUCAUCUUCUCAGCAAGAUAAGCCUACUCCACCACCUCAACAAGACAAGUCCAUGCCACCACUUUCACAGAUCAAGCCUACUCCAUCACCUUUGCAAGAAAAGCCUGCUCCACCACCUCAACAAGAUAAGCCUACGCCACCACUUUCACAGACCAGGCCUACUUCACCACCUUUGCAAGAAAAGCCUGGUCCACCACCUCAACAAGACACGCCUACACCACCACUUUCACAGACCAGGCCUACUUCACCACCUUUGCAAGAAAAGCCUGCUCCACAACCACAAAAGGACAAGCCUACUCCACCAACUUUGCAAGACAAGCCUGCUCCACCCCCUCAAAAAGACCAGCAUGCUCCACCACCUCAGCAAGACAAGCCUACAGCAUCAUCUUUGCAAGACCAGCCUACUCCCUCUCCUCCACAGACCAGACCUACUCCAUCAUUUCAAGAAAAAAUAGAAGGUUCACCACUAUCCACAGAAGUGAACAAGGUUUUUCCUACACCAAGUGUGUCUACCUGUCCUCUGUGUAAGGCUGAACUGAAUGUGGGGUCAACAGAUAGUCCAAAUUACAACACCUGCACUGAAUGCAAAAACACUGUCUGCAAUUUCUGUGGAUUUAAUCCCAUGCCUCAUACUGCAAAAAAGGAAUGGUUGUGCUUGAGUUGCCAAACUCAAAGAGCUUUGUCAGGACAACUCGGAGAUUCAGAACAAAUGUCUGAACCUACAUAUGUGCCUGCCAAACCAGAAAUUCAGGCAACAUCAACUUCUGACAUGGCUGCGUCCAAAACUUCACCCAUCGGAAUUGAGCUCACAACUGAAGUCAUGGCACCAACAACUGUCCCUACUGAGGGAGUACAAAUAAUUUCAGCUACAACACCGAAGGAAGAACCUGCCAAGAUAAAAAACAUAGCUCCUGUUCCUUCCAUAGAAAAAGAAAAGGAGAGAAAACAGUUAGUCACCAUGAUAGAUGUUUCAUCUGUUGCCUCAGAUAAACAGUCUUUUGAAGAUUCUAUUCAAGAACCUGUCAUAGCAAGACCUGAUGUGUCAAGCACCAAAACUUCUGACAUGGAAACUGUUAAAGAGGAGAAACUGCAACCAUAUUUACAAGAACAGGAAAAGGCAGUUGAAUCUGGACAAAUAACAGCAGCUGUCAGCAAGGAACUGGAUGAUAAGAUGAUUGAAAAGAUUACUGACACCUCAACUCAUGUUUCACAGCCACUCCUUACAGCAAGACUGGCCUCCGUUAAAGCCAACAAGGAGUCAGCAGAAAAGAGAAGAGAUCUCCCUCAAACUGAACAAGCAGCAAAUACACUCAGUUUUGGAAAAGAAGAGUAUGAUGAUGAUCAACCCCAGAUUUUACCUGUCCUUCCAGAACAGCCUGAGACGAAGAUUUAUGAUACAGCAAAGAAUGAUUCAAGUAUAGAUCACUCUAUGCCAGAAAAAGAAGAAGUUAAGCCAGAGAGAAGGCGUUUAGGUUUCCAAGCAAUGGAGAGCAGUGAAAGUGAAGUUACACCUUCCUCAUCCCCUAAAAUUGGAAGAAGGAUCUUAAAGGUUAGCACUGUUUCAUCUAGCAGUGAGGAGAAAACUGAAGGUGCUGAUUCUUCCAUAGAAGAUGAUGAGUUUAUCCGCAAUCAGAUUUUGGGUAUGGGAGAUGAGAAAGAGAUGUCCAUAUCAGAAGAUGAGAAAGAAAGUAACUUAGAAAAUAUGGACACUUUCCAGAAUAAUACACUUGACAAUGCCUCUAUCAAAGGCAACUCUGUAUUGAACAAGGGUGAAUCAGAUAUUAAUACCCAGACUGAAUUACCCAUUAAAAAUGAUGCUGCAAUAUCUCAAAAUAUUCCUGAAUCAUUUCCAAAGACUCAUUUUAAGAAAGCUAUUCCUGUAUUGAGGCAGAGGCAAAGCACUGAUGAAGAAAUAGAGAGCCUCACUGAAUCCUUGUCAAAGGGUUCAUCCAGUAUUCAAGCAUCAAGCAUGACUCCAGGGUCUUCACCUACAUCAGUUUCAUCUUUGGAAGAGGACAGUGAUACUAGUCCAAGCCAAAAGAAAGGUAGUGAGCAAAGACAUCAUCGCAAAAGUAGGCAGCGGUACCCCACUCAGCCUCUUCCUACUAUUGAAAACUCCUCUGAUGAAGAAAAGACAAAGACACAUGACAAACUCUCUUCACCCAGUGAUGUGUCCUCUUCAGAAGAUUUAAGGCAGGUCACUGUCAUCAACGAAGGCCAUAAAACAUUUGGCUCAGAGUACUCUGCCAGUAAAGAAUCUGAAUCAGAGAUUAAGAGAGCAGUACAAAGAGGAUGUAAACCUUCACCAACAGUAAUACCUUACACCCCUUCUGAUCAAUUUGAAGAAAAAGACACAGCAGCAAAAUCAUUAAAGAGUGCUGAAGAAGCAUAUGAGGAAAUUAUUCAGAAAACAAAAGCUAUUCCAGGAGAAAGUCCCCCUGACAUUGAACCCCUUUAUGGGGGAUUGUCAAUAGAGGACUAUCUUUAUGAAUCUUUAGUAGAGGAACCAGAAAUUAAAAUAAGUGAAACUCAAGAAGAACCUGAAUUUGACACUGCUUCUCAAUCUCUUAAAAAGCUCAGGUCCCCUGAAGAAGUUUAUGAGGAGAUGAUGCAAAAAAAAAGAGAACUGAUGAUGAUAGAGCACGAAUUUCAACAAGCCUGGACAGCAAUGGAUUCUUCCUCAAUGGAAGCUUUGGUCCAUGAGCUUACGCCAGAGGCUGAAACUUGCGUGGUGACAAUAUCUGCUGAAGAUGGCAUACCCACUGAAGAUACUCAGCUUACUGAACAAAAAGAUAUACCUCCCUCAGAUAUUGAUACUUUAAGUGAACUAUCAGUAAAGAGAAAAAAACGUCCAGCACCCCCACGCCCAUCUGAGCCCCCGAGGCGCACUGAGGUAACAGUUGUUCCCAGUACUCCCAGUGGAUCCAUAACUUUUGUCAGGCCUAUGGUUCCUCAAGAUCCUGCGCUAAGAAAGGCACUGUUUCCAAUACCAGACCUUAAGAUUACUCAAUGCUCAUCUGGUGAAGAAGAGGAUGAUAGUCUUGCAGAUGAGUAUGCCAUAGGUAUUUCAUCUGAUAUUACCCCCAGUGAUGACUCUGAUACAAAAGAAGAUCAGUCCGUAAGUCCAUCUUUGUCCGAAACCAAUGACAUGGAGCCUAUAUGUGUUAUUUGUGAAAUUCCAGCGCCAAAGCCCAUCCCAACUCCAAUAUCAGCCCCAGAGCUAACAACUACACCUUCUCCUGUUUCACCAGUUUCGCCCCCAACUUCACCAGCUUCUCCAGAUUCUAGUUUGGCCUCAAAUGUGUCAUCAUCAUCUUCAUUCCAGGCUCGAACGCCACUUUCAUCUGACUCAACCCCACUGUCCACACCAACCCCUCCAACUUCAAUAAAAUACCAUUCAGUUGAAGAAACAUUAUUGCCAUUGUCUACCACAUUUGAAGAAGCACCAUCAAGUGAAACAUUAAUUCCUUAUUAUGAUUUAGCCACUGUUGUAGUUACAAUUCCAGAUUUGGUAUCUGAUCCAUCCAAAAUUCAAGCAACACAGACUAUUCAAAGAAAGUCUUCUACAACUAAGACCCCAGCUCCACCCUUGUUUGAGACUUCAUCUGCAGUAACUUCUAAGGUUCAAAUGCCAGACUUGGUUUCCUCUCCUUCACAAGUACCGAUUAACGUUCCACCUGUUUUACAGGUUUCAGCACCAAGUCCAGCACCUAUUGUUGUCUCAGCUCAGCCUUUAGCCCAAAUCACACCUGCACCUAUUGCUACCACAACUUCAGCUUCAACAAGUGAUCUCUCAUCAUCAAUUUCUGUGGUAUCAUGCCUUGAGCCUGUCAUAGUGCAGAUGCCAGACUUGGUUUCAACUAAUGCUCCAAUUAUUUUACAAACACCACAACCAAUCUCAGCCCUCAUAACAACCCCAGCUCAAGCUCAAACCAAAGUAGUACAUUCAGUCCCAGUUCAAUCAUCUGUACCAUUAAUGAGAACAGUGGUAGUCCCAGCAAAGGUUCAACCUGAGCAGGGAACUAUAUCAUCUCCAGCAUUAACUACCGUUGUCAAAAAGAAAGUCCCUCCUCCUCCACCUCCUCGAUCUACUUCAGUUUCAUUACCUGAUACCACCUCUGAGAUGCCUCUUAUAAAGACAGCCAUGUCAUCAGCAUCAGCUAUUGCACCCACAGUCACUGCCCAACCAAUGCAAUCUGUAAUUGUAGAUAUACAGCCAAGAAUGGACAUUGCGCAAUCAGGUAGUGCACCUGUUCCUCAAGUAGUGACUCCAACUAGACAAGGGCAUGUAGUUAUCAUUGUACCAAGCAUGGAAAAAAUAUCUCUACUUGAACAAAUCAAACAAGAUGGAGAUGAUGCAGAGCCAAAUGUUGCUUCUCGUGCAUAUGGUGGUCAACAAACUACAAAUGAUACACUGUGUACAGACACUUCAACUGUGAAAGUGCUUUCAGCUCCACUACUUCAACAUAAACCUACACAUGUCGCAAAAGUGGUAUCAAGUGGGGAUGUAACUCCUGUAACAGACCCAACCUCAUCACCUCCACCCCUUUUACCCAAACCACUUGGAAGCUCUGUUCCCACUUUAGUCACAAGCACAGUUGCCCCUGUUUCUGUAACAGUGUCCAGUCCUUGUCAUAUCUCUAAGCCUCCCCCACCCAUACCACCCAAGCCCAUAUCAAUUCCAGCCGGACUAGUUUUUACCCACAAGCCAGGAGAGAAUAUCAGACCUCCUCCCCCUGUGGCACCCAAAGCGGCAACACUGCCUAGGAUGAAAGAACCUCCAAAAGCCCUGUCUCUUAGCCUUGCAAGACCUUCGGAGUCUAAACUGGGUACAACAUCUCCCAAGUCACCUGUGUCCCCUAGGCAUGCAAAAUGUUUACAGACAUAUGUGGUGAUCACUCUACCUUCUGAGCCUGGCUCUCCAACUGAGACAAUAACAGUUCAAGCACCUGUUAGGCGAAGAUCCAUCCCAUCUUCUUCAGUGCCAGACAUUCAAACAACAGUACCAGAGAAGAAGACACCCACUGAAAUUAUUUCAGCACAGGCUACAGUUAGGAGGGCAUCUGUGCCCACUAUUAAGCAUCCACCUCCGAUUGUUAAAGCAGUAAAUGUGGAACCAGAGCACAUAGAAACCUCUGAGGUGGGGACUGGCAAAGUACAAACAGGGGAAUUAUCUGUGCCCCCUGCUGUGCAACCAAUAUUUUCUGUUGCUGAUGUGAUUACAGUAUCAUCAGAUCAGAAAUCCUGCAUCAUGGCACAUGCUGUAGCACCAACAAUCAAGAAGUCAUAUGUGUCACAACAAGACUCAAUGACUCAACCCCAUUUAACUUCUGAACCAACAUCAGAAUUAUUUCCAAAACCCACUGAAUCAAAAUGUUAUCUGAUUCUGAGAGAUCAAUCCAUAGUGAAUGAGCAAUCUGGACCAUCUGUGUCUCAGCACCCAUGUGCAGUUACAGAAGUGGGAACAGUAUUUCCAUCAAGUUUAUCUGAAGAGCCAAUUUUUCAGUCAACCAAACCAAUUGCAACUGUGCAACCAGGGUGUCUUGGGGAAGCUGUUUUUGUGCCAAAGUCAUUGAAACCACAUGUAGAAGUAGUUGUCCAUGGGACACCACCUACAGUACACUCUAUAAAUUAUGAUCAGCCCUUUUUAUCUCAAAUAGAUGUGCAAGGUAUAGAGCAUAUGGAACAAGAGAUAGAUAACUGUGUCACAGAGGCAGUUCUGAUUAGAUCAGCAUUACAAGAUGAGAGUUAUAAAUUUGCAGCUGAAGAACCAGAUACAGCAAUUGAAGUUGUUGUUCACUCUAAAGAUGAAAACAUACCUAGGGUUUUUGAAGAUGCAUUCUCCUUAUCAGAGCUCUCAUUAACUCAACAAACUGAUCAAUCUUCAGAGAAUAUGGUUGUGGUGACAGACCAGUUAUUCACACACCAGCUAAAUCUUGAUGCUAAAGAAAGUACACUCCCUUCAAAGUUUGAAUAUCCCACAGAGGUUGUUACAACCGACCCUGGAUAUAGGUUGCCUGAGGUUGCUGUAGUAUCUCCUGUACCACAUCCUCUCACUGUUGACACUGUUGUUACACCAACAUCUAAAGUGUCUGAGUUAAUGCCACUAGCUACAGUUGCUGAAACUGUAGCUAUUACAAGCAUCGGAUCAACACUGUCAAAUCGUAUGGAAGGAAUUCAACAAGUUUCAACACAGAGAAAUAUUAGUUGUACUCCCCAGCAGACAAGUGCAGCCACAAUUAUGUCACAUCCUGUGGCAUCAAUGGAAGAAAUACCAUUGCUAUCUAGACAUGAAAGACAAACAAGAUUCCCACCAAAAUAUAAAAAUGAAAUGAUUUGUUACAUGCCUUCAUUAGAGAUACAACACCAUGAACUUGCAGAAUUCCCAGUCAUAACAAACGACGAGACUAGUUAUAGAAGGAGAUCAUCUAUCUCAUCCAUAGUACAAUCACCAUACACCACUAGUGGUUCAUUCACUUAUCCUGCAGAGCUUGAAAUGCCUGCUCAGGUGGUUAAAGCAGAGCCACUUGCUGCUCCUAGACAAGAAUCAAUAACCAUGCAACAACCACAGCAGUUUGCACAAAUAAUUACCAUGCCAGCUGAAAAGGACUUUCCAGUGGUUGGCUAUGAAGCUCAAGAAUCUAACAGGAGGGGAUCAGUUCCACUAUCAGAACAGCAACAAGAAGCCUCGACUCAUCCAUGUGAAUAUGAUAAUUUACUGGACAGAAUAACCCAAGAUGCACACACCCAUAUAAGCCCAGUAGUCUCUGUACCAGAGAUUCCACUGGGUGUAUCUGUGGCUCCAGUCACCAUCACCAAAAUUCAACAAGAGUCAAUUGAGAGCCAAGAGAUAAGAGGACCAGAAAAAGUGGUCUCCAGUAUGAGUCACAUGUAUUCCUCUUCUAUUUCCACCUCAAGUCAGCCUCCUGAAAGCCUGUCUAGUCGGGUCACUCAAGUGGUCACCACUGAAGUGCAACGGACUACUGUUUCUGUUGUCCAUGAAAGACUCCAACAAGUUCCUCCACAAAGCAUAGCCAUCACUAUACAACCAGACAUAGCAAAAGUCCAACCCCUCCCUAAACAAAAUGGCAGGAUUAUUUAUCCUGGGGAUAUUAUUGAUUUACGCACUAUCAAGUCAGGCAUAAAAAUGACAGAGCAAGGCAUGGAUCUGACACCACCCGACUCUUGCCGACAGUCUGUUUCAAGUGACUCAAGUGGACGUCAUAUUACUGCAGUGCAGCCUGAGAUUGUAAAUCUUAGUGCUGAGCUUAUCCCUGCAACAACACUGUCUGUUGUUACUGACAGCAUCACAAUAGUCACAUGCACAGCAACCAUUGCCUCAUACAAUACCACUCCAGCAGAGAAACCACUUGAUUUACAGGGUCCUGUUGCAUCACUGCCUUUACCACUCACCACAUCCACAUACAAGCCAUUUGAACCACUUGCACAAAUUGUUUACAGACCUGUAAAGGCUCCACCUGUAUUCACUGAUGUAGUAUCUAUGACUCAAGACAUACCCAUGAAUCUUUCCAUUGAAGCUCUUGUCUCCUCUGGAGGAAAACAGUCAUUGACUUCAGCACCAACAAUUAUGAGCAAUGUAGGUCCUGUUGUAUCUCUUGAGGCUACAGGAGCCAUGGACUUGUCGAACUAUAAACCAAUGAGGGCAAUGGUGGCAUUGUCUGAUACGGACCAAGGAGUGGUGACCUCUAUUGUAGAGGAUGAUGGGGUUCCAAUGGACCUUACUGCUGGCAGAAGGAGCAUCUGCUGUGAUGUAAUUUACAAGCUACCAUUUACCGGAAGCUGCAGAACACAAGCUCCUGUAACAACUCAACCUGACAACCAUUCUGACUUCAAAGAUUGUGCAGGACUGAAUAGCAUUAAUGGUACCUAUGGGAUAAAAGCAUCAUUAUCUGAUACUAAUCUAACAAGCGCAGGGCUGUCUAUCUAUGAUCUCAAAAAUGACUACUUCACCAGCUCUUCUGACACAGCUGUCGACCUAACUGCUGCUAAGCUUUCAGCUGGCGAGGCACUAGACUACACAAGCAAAGCAACCAAUGUCUACUCUGCGAUGAUUACUUCACCAUACUCCCAGGUUCCUGCUGCUGGGUUUGGAGUAAAUAGUGCUUUAAGAACCUCAGAUGGAAUAGUUUAUUCCUCAGUUGCAGCACCAGUUCCAUCCACAUAUGCAAUUACAACUCAACCAGGUUCCAUCUUCAGCACUACUUUUACUCCCAUAUCAACUGUCCAGGAUCAGUCCUUACUGCAUUCAUAUGGAUUUGUACCAACAGAGCCAGGGCAGCUUGUUCCCUUUGAGGCAGAGCUAUCUAAAGAAUUCUUCCCUACAGCCUUGGCCGACAUAAUAACCGGCUACCCCGAAAUGUACUCAGACAACACCCUGGAAGCAAUUGCUGCUUCUUUAGAUGUUCUAGCUUCUUCACCAAUAUUUCCUGGCUUAGACAACACCAAAAUGGCCCAGUAUCAGAUGGAGAGGGAGUUUUUAGAGUUAGAGAAGCUUAAGCAGCUAUGUCUUGCUGAGGAGCUGGAAUGGGAAAGACAAGAAAUCCAACGUUACAGAGAACAGGAGCAACUUAUGGUGCAAAGAGAACUUGAAGAACUUCAAGCACUGAAACAGCAGCUUCUUUUUCAGCAAGAAGAAGAACAUCAUGCACACAUGGUGGCCCAACAGGAGACCUAUGCUCAACAGAAAGAACAGUUGCAGCAAAUCCAACAACUCCAACUCCAACUCCAGAGGCAACUUGAUGAGCACUACAGCAGUACUAGUAUGACAGGAAACCUUUUAGAAGCUAAAUAUGCAGGAGUAGGGGACAGUGGCCAGUACUGGCCUGUAAAAGAUGAGUCUACGCUUCCAUCUACAUUAGCACAAACAGAACAACACCAUGAGCAGCUUAACAUAGUAAAACUUCCAGCUGACCAGGAUCUAGGAAAAAAAAUCCUUGACAGCGGUGUACAAACAGAUGAUGAAGACUCUGCAGAAAAGCAACAAAUGGGAAGAAAAAAGAAAACAAAGAGAAACAUUGAUAGCUCAGCUCAGUCAGAUGAUGAUGAUCAAGAUGAAUGGGAUGCGCCCUCCAAAGUUCGACGUCGUUCUCGAAAGCAUAGCAGUGAUGGGAAACAUGGCUCCAAGGUGUCUAGCAUUGCCAUCCAGACAGUAGCAGAAAUUUCUGUGCAGACUGACCACUCUGGAACUAUCAAGAAACCCAAUGUCCAAAUGGACACUAAGAUAGAAAUCAUUAAGCACAUGUCAUCUGCAGAAAACUUUCACAGAGGUGUGAGUCUGAGUUGCCAGACAGAAACAGACAGAAGGAAUUCACCUGUUGAGGUUGGAUAUAGCACACAACUAACGGCAGAUGCCCCCUCUAAAGCUAAAGUUCUCUACAGCCAAGUCUCUCCGUUAUCUCCCGAAAAGUCCUAUGCAGGACAAAGAAUGCUAACUGCUGACCCAACCAGAUUUUCCUCUGGCCCUCGGAGUUUAAAGGCUGGCCAGAAGUCUCUGUCAGAUCCUAAAUCUCUUAGCCCUUCAACAGAAGACAGAAUUGGAGGAUACUAUACAGAAGGCUAUUCUGUCAGGUCUUCUAGCAGUGGUAAGAAAGUAAAGCGAACCCUACCAGACCCUCCUCCUGAGGAUGACAUGUUGGCGGGAAGAUCUGGAUAUAGCACCAACUCUGCUCGUCGCCGUCUUGCUCGCAGCACAACAAUGGCCAGAGCAAAGAUUCUGCAAGAUAUAGACAAGGAACUUGAUCUGGUGGAGAGGGAAUCCUCUAAACUACGCAAGAAACAAGCUGAGCUUGAUGAAGAGGAAAAGGAGAUUGAUGCCAAGUUGCGGUAUCUGGAGAUGGGUAUAAACCGUCGAAAGGAGGCCUUGUUAAAGGAAAGAGAAAAGAGAGAAAGGGCAUAUCUCCAGGGGGUGGCGGAGGAAAGAGACUACAUGUCAGACAGUGAGGUUGGCAACAUAAGAGAAACUCGGGGGGAAGGCCUGGAAAGACCACGGACUGCUCCUCAGUCAGAAUUUGAUCAAUUCAUCCCCCCCCAAACUGAGGCUGAUUCCCAAUACAACACCCUUACAAGUCCCUAUUCUCAAUAUGGUCAAUAUGUUCCUCAGACCCAAACCACAAGCCAUUACACCCAGCAGAAUUUGUAUCAGCAGCAGUCCCUAUACCAUCAACAGGUGUCUCCUUACCAAACACUGUCACUCUCCCAUGCUCAAGCUCAGCCUAGCAGCUACCAACAUGCUUUGCUUUUGCAACAAGGAAAGCAGCGUCAAACCACCUUGUCUGAGUUAGAGCCCAAAAUUACCACCAACUAUGAGGUGAUACGCAACCAACCUCUGCUCAUUGUUCCAUCUUCUACAGAAAGUGGCUAUGGAGUUGCUCACAUGGGUGGCAAGUAUGGCAACUUAGAUUUGAGGUUAGAGGAAAGAAGCAUGGCCUCUAGUCCAAUGUCAAGUAUUUCUGCCGAUUCCUUCUAUGCUGAUAUUGACCAUCACAAUGCCAGGAACUAUGUGCUUAUAGAGGACAUAGGAGAGCUUACCAAGGGUUCAACUGGACUUGGAAGUUCUGCCAUGGGUUCUGGAUUUAGUCUACCUGAUAAAGAGCUAUCAAAAGCAGACAGACUACUCAGGGCAGCUGAAGCAAGGCGUACAGCAGAGGUAGCUGAAUUUUUGGGCUCAUCGCGCUAUGGAAAAGGAGAAGAUGACUCUAUGGAGGAGCCCUAUGAACUGAAGUUGCUGAAGCAACAAAUCAAGCAAGAGUUUAGACGGGGAACUGAAGGGCUAGAACAUUUAACAGGCCUUGGCCUUUCCCAGUAUCUCUCGAGUGAUAGCAGUUUUCGCCACUUCCCUAAAGGAGAGAAAUAUAGCAUUGGAAGACUCACUCUUGAAAAGCAGGCUGCAAAGAAUCUUCCCGCAGCUAUGCUUUACCAGAAACAGAUGAAGAACAAAAAGGCAUUGCUCGAUUCAAAGGCCAUCACAAAAUUUUCCCCAAUUCAGGAGAGUAGGGACCUUGAGCCUGAAUAUGGUAGCUACAUGGGAUCUGGGACUUCUGUGUCCAGUCUAGCAGCUAGGGCUAGGUUACUUCAGGAUGAAAUUACAUUUGGGUUAAGGAAAAAUUUGUCUGAGCAACAAAAAUAUUUGGGGUCUUCUUUAGGAGCCAACCUUUCAGGUUCUCUUAACCUUGGCCAGUCCCUUAGCUUAGGAUCUACUAUCAGAGGCAACAUUCAGGAGGAUGGCACAUAUCCAAGUGGCACUCGAUCCCGUCCCUCUUCUCGACCCUCUUCCCGACCGUCUUCUAUAUAUGGCUUAGAUCUGUCUAUCAAAAGGGAUUUGUCUAGUUCCUCACUCAGACUAAAGACAGAGGGGGAGGUCCUGGACGCAGCAUUUGCUCCUGGAGUCUCCAGAGCAAAACCUACUAGUUUGCCUAUCAGCCAAAGCCGGGGCCGUAUCCCCAUUGUGGCUCAGAACUCUGAGGAAGAAAGUCCUCUGAGCCCAGUGGGGCAGCCUAUGGGUAUGGCUAGAGCUUCUGCUGGUCCUCUGCCUCCCAUUUCUGCUGACUCUAGGGAUCAAUUUGGGUCUAGCCAUUCCUUGCCAGAAGUGCAACAGCAUAUGAGAGAGGAAUCUCGGACACGUGGCUACGAUAGAGAUAUCGCAUUCAUCAUGGAUGAUCUGCAAGGUGCCAUGUCUGACAGUGAAGCCGGAGGCCCAAACUGGAAUAUAGAAGCCUACCACUUGAGGAGAGAGGACACAGAUUGGUUUGAUAAGCCAAGAGAAGGACAGCCUCAGAGUGGAUACAUGUCAGAUAGGAGACAGAUGAAAUUGGUUCCUUACACCUUUCCUCACACUCGUGUGAAGCUUAAGAGAGACAUGACAGACACCAGCGUCUCAGGCAAUGGGCUUGGAGUCCGUGUCGUCGGUGGUAAGGCGAUUCCAGGCAGUCGUGGUGAGAUUGGAACCUACAUUGCUAAGGUUAUUCCUGGAGGCAUGGCGGAACAAACAGGGAAAAUUGUAGAGGGGAUGCAGGUGUUGGAAUGGAAUGGAGUUCCGCUAACAGGGAAGACUUAUGAAGAAGUGCAGAGCAUUAUGGGCAAGGCUGGUCCAGAGGCGGAGCUCUGUGUGAGACUCAGUGACCUUAAUAUGCUGUCUGACCCUGAGCACCCACAGGCCCUGGAUCACCAUAUCCAAAUCAAGGCUGCAGGAGGUCAGCGAUCUCCUGGUGUGGAUCCUAAACAGUUAGCUGCAGAGCUCCAAAAGGUAUCCCAACAGCAAACUCCUGACAUAGCAGGAACAGGGCCUGGGGGCUUCGGAGUCCUGUCCGCAUUGGAACGUUCGGCCCUCCUCCACUCGGGCACUGGAUCAGCAGCCUCCAGUGGGGUCCCAAGCCCUGGGCAACCAGGAUCCCCUGCCAUCAACAAGAAACAACGCCACAAGCCAACAGAGGUGAUGAAAGCACCUCAUCCCAUCACUGGAGAAAUUCAGCUCCAGAUUAACUAUGACAGAAAUCUGGGAAACUUGAUCGUACAUGUUCUGCAGGCAAGAAACUUGGUCCCCCGAGACAAUGAUGGUUACUCUGACCCUUUUGUGAAGGUCUACCUUUUACCAGGGAGAGGCCAAGUCAUGGUUGUCCAGAAUGCAAGUGCUGAUAACAAGAGACGGACCAAGUAUGCACAGAAAACAACAAAUCCAGAAUGGAACCAGACUGUCAUCUACAAGAACAUCCAUUUGGAGCAGUUAAAGAAAAAGACACUGGAAGUAACAGUGUGGGACUAUGACAGAUCCUCUUCCAAUGAUUUUCUUGGAGAAGUUCUGAUUGACUUGUCAAACACAGCUCAGCUGGACAACACUCCCCGCUGGCUGCCUUUGAAAGAGCAGAGUGAAAGCAUCGAACAGAGCAGAAGUCACUUUGCUUCCCAAGCUCCACCAGGGUCUGGGUCAGGACAGGGUCAUGGUCAGGGACAUUUCACAUGUCAGGGUCAUGUGUCAGGAUCUGGACAGGGACAUGGAAUGGGACAAAGUCAAGGACCAGGACAGGGAGAUCUGAGUCAUGAUUCACCUAAGAACUCUGUGAUCAAGAGCAGAAGCCAUGGAAUCUUCCCUGACCCAGCCAAAGACAUGCAAAUGUUACCUUUGGAAAAGUCCCACAGCAGCCCAGGCAGCUCCAAAUCUUCCUCUGAUGGCCAACUGCGCUCGCAUGGCCCAUCCCGAAGUCAAAGCAAGAGUAGUGUCACUCAAGCCCACCUUGAGGAUGCUGGAAUAGCCAUUGCUGCCGCAGAGGCUGCCGUGCAGCAAUCCCGCCUGCAACCAAGACCGGGACACCGACUAGGUGAUGUCUCAGGGUCAGUGGUGCUGUCUGCCCCAAGCCUUGUUGGAGAUGCCUACGGUGGUCUGGAUGGAGAUGAAGGGGUGGGCAUUGGAGUGGACAGUGCCAUUUUUCAAGUCCCACGAAUCGGUAAGACUAUUCCUAAUGGUACCGACAAAAAUCAACAAAUCACUCCAGAAAAUGAAGGUGGUAAAACUCAAGUAAUUGGGGAAAUUAAGGUUGCUCUUAAGAAGGAGGUGAAGACGGAGGGAGACCAGCUGGUCCUAGAAAUCCUUCAGUGCAGAAAUAUCACUUAUAAGUUCAAAAGCCCGGACCAUCUGCCAGACCUAUAUGUCAAGUUGUAUGUGGUGAAUGUAGCCACUCAGAAGAGGAUCAUCAAGAAAAAGACCAGAGUUUGUCGACAUGACCGAGAGCCUUCCUUUAAUGAGACCUUCAGAUUUCCCCUCAACCCAACGGGACAUUCAAUACAGCUGUUCUUGGUGUCCAACGGUGGGAAGUUUGUGAAGAAGACUUUGAUAGGAGAAGCCUACAUCUGGCUUGACAAGGUGGACAUGAGGAAGAGAGUGGUCAGCUGGCACAAACUGUUCGUCAGCUCUAACUUGACUAACCCUUGAGUGCAAAACAGUACUUUGAAAGAAAUAAUAGGCAAAAGGGGAGAAAGAAGACAAAAGAGUAACAUAACAGAAAUAUUAAAUAAAUUAUGUAUUGAGUUUAUAGAUCUUUAGAUGAAGGGAACUAUGUGACGAUUACAUUGCAUGUCUUGUCAGUCCAACACUGCCAGCGCAUGUUUCCCUCUUCUAAUAUCAUUUCUCUUUAGAUUUUGCUUGAAUGCAAACAUGCAAAGGCAGUUACAGACUGAUAUUUCCCUGCAAUAUGGCUUAAAGACAGUUAUGUUUUUGAUAACAUAGUUCAGUUGUAUGAUCCAUAAGAAUAAUUUUGAUAUUGCACGAGAGAACUUCACCAACUAACUCAAGAAAAAGUUUUAAAUUUUUAAUUAAUUUAAAAAAUGUAUGUAAUUGUUAUGAAACUUUACAGACAUCAGUGGUGUGGAACGCAUAAUUAUUUUUUAAUAACAGAACUUCUAAUUUAUGUCAGAAAAAAAUAUGAGACUGUUGAACGUUUGCUGUGGGAUGAAGAUUAACUGUACAGCACUUCUAACAUUUCUGUUAUCCCACAUGCAGACCACAAAGCAUAUCAAAGAAUUGUACAGUGUGAUAUAUUAAAACCUUAAAAUUAACAUAUACAUAAUAUAAUUAAAUACAACACAGAGUAUAAUAGUUAUUCUCUUGUUGUCAGAUUAUAUUAUCAGAUAAUAUCAACAGACAUUCUAGGUUGAGGCAGUGGGUGGCGCACUGACAAUCCAGUAAUCUAAUGUAAAAGCAGUCCUCGUAACAUUUAGGUGAAUAUGGACCUUUGUGAGCUCAAGGUAGGCCAUAUUGUCACACUGAUGCACCUCUUUGUUGAACCGGCCUCCAAUCAUGGGUCAAGUCAACAUCAACGGAUAAAUUAUAUAACACAUGCAUCAUAUUUAGGGGGGAGACUAGAAGAAAGAAUAGCAUCUUGCACAUGCUGUAUUGAAUGUAACAAGUGUUACAACUGUUCAGAAUGACAGACGUUUACACAUCUGUGUCAUUUGUGCAACAUUUUGCUUUUAGUUUGCUGCAGAUUUUUCCUCUGUGUAGGUCUCUUCAUGUUAUCAUUGUUGCUAUGGACAUGUAAAUUAUAGAAGUUGUGUCAAAACCACAUGUAAAUCUAGAAUCUCUGUGUGACUGCUCAGCUGUCUCUGUGUUAGCAAAGCCCUUCUAUUUUGGCUUUAUCUGGAAAUAAUUUCAAAAUGUAGAUAAAAAAUGUCAAAUGCUCCUCUGUGUCUCUGGCUGUAAACACAAAAAAAACGUUUUGUCUCAGUGACUUCUGUAAAACACAGUGGACCAGCAUCUUUCACUGCCUGUGAUCAAAUUAUUUUCUCAGGCAUGAUCAGGGUCAGAGGAACACAUAGAGCCAAGUCUCAGUACCCAUGUGUAUGCAGGGGACCCAUGUAUGUAUGUUCUUGUUCAUAUUUGAGUAUUUUGCAACCACAUCAAUAAAAUCAGAAAAGAAGAUAAAAAAAAUGUGAGAAAAGAAAAUUAAGAGACUAACUGUCAGUGAGUUUAAUUGUAAAGCAGGGCUGAUACAACUUUCCAUCAAGAAACACACAAAGAGCAAGAUGUCACUCAUACAUCAAGGUAUAGUGCAGAAGAUACCAUACUCAAAAUGGUAAAAUAUUUUUUGUGCCAUCCACUACUUAUUUCCUUUUUAUGUGUUAAAGGGGGGGUAUUAUGUAAAAUAUUUUUUUUGUUUUAUAUAAUGUUAUGUUUUUCCCUCAUCAAAACAUCCUCAGAGUGUUGAUUUCAUUCUUUCACGUGUGUUUGAGAAAUCCUUGAAUGUAUUGUGGCAGCCAUUUGGGGGUAACUAUACACUUGUUCAUACAAAGUGUUGCUUAUUUACCCAAAGCUCCACCUUGAAGCCACUUCCACUCCACAGACCCCUGAACCCACGCGCCUUUCCAACUCUGCUCCACCAGACUAGCUGUUGCAGCAAUUAGACAACCCUUGGUGGAACUGCACAUCUGCUGAGCUCAUCAUACAAACUAUUUCUCAACCCAACGCUCCUAAAACUGCCUCACUUCCAUGAUGAUGAAAACAGCAUCAUGGAAGGGCAUUGUUAUGUUGACAUGCUGAAGGUGGAGUGUUAGAAAGAGUACUAGAAGCUUCUUAGACACAAUGACCAAUUCCGAGGCGUCAAAUUGGAAAGUCAAAAUUAUUUUAAAUUAUUUUUGAUAUAUACAGCGUUUUCACAACUGACUGAAACAUAGUUACUUGAUUGUGCUAUAAAAUGGCACUAUGUGCCUGAAAAAUACAUAAUACCGCCCCUUUAAAUAUAUUUCUAUAUUUAUUGAUUUUUGUAUUUUCUUUUUUGUUACAUUUUUCCAAGAACCAUUAGUUCUUUUAAGGUAAUUCUAUGCAACAUAUGUAUUUGAAUGCAUUUGUGUUAAAUUCUGUGAACAUAUCGUCUAUAAAUGUCUUGUAGAAAAGUAACUAUGAUUUGUACAUUUGGUGAGAGAAAAAUAUUAAAUAUUUUUAUUUUGUACUUAUUUUAGUAUAUAUCGAUGCUAACUACAGUUAACAUCUACAUGGAGCUUGUGCACUUUAUUACAAUGUUUGUUUAUUUGUCUCGUUUUAAUUGUCGGGACAUUCCGAAUUACAUGGUUUGUGUCUCUGCACUAACAAUUAAAUGAGUCACAGUGUAUGUGGUGUGUGAUGGCAGGAACUAUUGUAGUGUACAUUUUGUAUCUAUGUGGCAAAAGAUAAACAUACAAACAUGUAGAGGUUUCCCAAAAGGGAUGCACAAUCUCCAGUGAAAUCAACUACUCCAUCCUCAUAGUGUACUGAACAGUCUGUGUAAACAGUGCAGUAAAUAAGAUCUCAUCUUAUUGCCCAGUCAUGACUGUCAAACCUCUUGUGCUUCAUUAGACUUCAUUCUAAAUACUGUUUGUUAAGAUCAGCCGUUGCCUGUAAUUGUGAACCCAUUCAUUUGUUGUUGUCUUGAGGGGUGUGAAUGUGCUCAAGUUAUUUGACAUGUGUACAUGAAGUGUUUAUUUUCUACAAUGACUGAAUGUUUAUAUGUCUGAGGUAUGAGCAUGUGAGUGUUAAAAAAAUAACAAAACAAAACAAAUCUAAAUCACAGAACACUUGUAAUUGUACAGCAGUGGGUGUCCUUUAUGGGGAAUUGACACUUCAUCAAAACAUGUAAUGUCCACUGAUGAUUAUUAGUGAGAUUAUAUCCUCGAACCUGCAAAAACAACUUACAAGGUGGUAAAAAAAAAAAAAGAAUCUGUUCAAUUUAAGUAGUUGUCUAGAACUUUUAGUUUUGGAUGUUGCAUGUUUUGUUGAUGGUUUGUCUGUAUUUUGACCACAGAUUAAGUUUCAAAAGAGAGAAAAUAUGUAUAGAUUUAUCUGUAUGCUGAGUGUAAAGAGAUAUGCUUGUAAAAUUGUCUUGUUUUUCACUCAGUGUAAAAACAAAGCAUAUAAUGUUAUGGUUUUGUGGUUGUACACGGGGUGUGUUGAGAUAUGCAAAUUGUGCUGUAAAAAAACAUUUCCCUUGAGUCAAAAGAAUAAAUAUUAAGAGCUAUAUUGCAAA